UGUAAAAUCAACAACACCCGCGCGACAUGUCAUGGCAUGAUUUCAACGAAGGAGAGAAAAGUUUAGUUCAAAAAGUGUCUGUUUGCAAAAAGUGAAGAGUAAAACCAGCUUGCGUUUCAACAGACAGUAAGAAUGGACAGUCUCCCGUUUAGUCAGUCGGGGCUGCUGGGGACCCAGGGAGAGGACCCUUGCUUCAUGGUCAUGAACUCCCAGGUGGAGGAGUCUCAAGACGCAGCGCAGGCUGUUAAGAUGACCAACACGGGCCUGACUGGGCCCAACAAGCAACGGAUGCUGUGGGAGCUUGCCGCGCUGAGAGGAACCCAACCCAGUCCAGUUUUGAUAGCAGAUAAUCACCAUGGUGCUGGACACUUUACGUCAUUAAAAACAAAGGAUCGAAAGCAUCCACAAAAGGAGGAAUUCAAGGCAAGAAAAAUGACAGGAUCACAGCCAACGAACCCACAACAGGGAUCAAGCUCAGCACCAAACCAAGGUGACGGUAACCAGGGAACCGCAGCAGGGAAUGAUGGGACUGGAGGCAGUAACCAAGGCAACCAGGGGCAGGAUGCAGGCGGCGGGGCUGCUGGGGGUGAUGAGGGUGGUGGCAAUGGGGGUGAGGAAGGGGGAGGCGGGGACGGGGAGGACGAUGAUGAGGAAGAUGACCACGAGGAGACAGGGGAGGAGACAUCUCAAGACACAAGCAGCAGCCACAGCUCGGUGCCUAAGUUGGUGCCGCCUCCAGCACUUCACACACCGCCAAGAACAGUGAGAGUCAAGGAAAUCGUGGGAGGUACUGUUGGGAGCCCAGCCACAUCACCAGACGCAGCAGCUGGCCCAGAACAAAGCGACGAUGACCAAGGAGUAGGCAGUGAGAGAGGGGGCGGAGUUAGUGACGCCCCCACCGCUGUGGUAGGGGAUUCGACAGACGAGGGUCAGGGGGCUGUCACCACCCCGUCGCCUCCCAGUGAGCGAAGUAGAGACACAGACGGACAGGCAGGAGGGUCUGGACUCAUGGACCCACCGUUGCAUUCCAUGAUCCCAAGGAAGAGAUCAUCAGAUACCAGUCAUUCCAGCAUCAGCAGCAGUAGCAGUCAUAGCACCAAUUCCAGUAGCUACCAUGCAUCACACGACACUGCAUCCAGCAGUCUACUCAGUUCCUUAUCAACAAGUUCAUCUGGCAGUUCUGGAGUGCAGGCUACAUCCUCAGGGUUCACACAAGUCAAGGAACAUCCAGCCAAGCCUUCGGUACCGCUUCCACGCACUCCCUCUCAUGUCCUUGAGUCGUUCCGUGGGGAAGCCAGCGGGGAGGGAGAAUCGGAACAUCCUCAGUCCUCACAGCAAGAUCUAUUUGCUGAUGUCGCAGAGGAGAAGAGAGCUGACAGAGUCCGGGUACUAGCCAAUGAGACCAGCACAUCCGAAGACGCCUCCAUUGCCGAGAUCCCGCCCACCCCAGAGGCUUAUAAAUAUGGAUUUCAAGACACGCCUCCUCAUAAACUGGAUCAAACUUUGAGACAUCAUCAAGACCCCGGCAGUCUGCAUCAGCUAGGAGAGCAAGUCUUGGUGAAUGAGACCAGCACCUCGGACGACGCCUCAGUCACCAUCAUCCAGCCCUCCCCUGAGGCCUGGGGGACAGUCAUUGCCAAUACGCCACCCCACAAGAUUGAGCAAUAUUCGCGAAGUUCCCGCUCUGCCCAUGAGGGCAGCGAUCGCACCCCUAGCACUCCCUCCGAGACCCUCGGGAGCCUCCACCUAUCAGGCCAACAGGAACUGAGCAGCUCUCAGGAUAGUGGGCCCUCCAUCAUACCGCCAACCCUCGGUGCUUAUGGGUCCAUUCCACAGCUGAUUCCCAGCACUCCUACCCCGCAAGAUGGUGAGAGUAGAGAGGAAGAACCAAUGGAACUCAGCAUUCCGGAUGAUGAUGACGUUGCCGUGACAACUCAUCCUGCCAAAAGACCAAAGAGUGCUGGAGUCUAUGAUGAUGAAUAUGGGAUCCCAGAAUGGCAGCAGGUUCUGAACAAGGAGGAGCAGGCUGCCCUGUCACGUAGCAGCAGCACCAGCAGCAAGACAACGACGUCCUCAUCUGACCAAUCCUCGCAAUCCUUCGGGAGAAUCUCUGCCCAGAUGAGAGGACAGCAGUUGGAGUCAUUCCAGGCUUGGCAGCCAAGUAGUCAGCAGACAACUUCAACAACCUCGGAGGAGCCUUCAAGGAGUCGUCCCCCAUCCACGCAGUCCAAGCUGGAGGCUGGUGAACCAGAGUCAAGCAGAAAGAGACAAGACAGAGACAACAUCUCUGACAAACCACGCUCUGUAAGCGCCUUAACUAGAACCAGGGGAAAAGUGGAGGGUGGGCAGCAACAAGAGUUCCUCAGCCAGCCUGCCAGAGACAUCCCAGAGGAUCCAACAUCCACUUCAAAGUUCCAACAACAGAAACAACCGUCAGUGCCAGACAAGCCAGCAACUCACCAACCAGCUAUCCCGCAACCCCACCAAGACACGCCAACAAGACUGACACAACUCAAGACGAAAGAGACCGGCCAACGGGAGCCAACCAUAGCCUCCUCGUCACUCUCAUCUGGAGAAAAACAAGAAAGGAGGCAUGGGGAAGAUGUGAAGGAGGGAGAGGUGUCAAGGCAAGCUGGCAGGGGAGGGUCGUCUGAUGAGUGGAUGCUGCACUACACAGCAACCCAGACAGAUACAGAGGCUGAAGCUUUUGAGGAGGGAACUCAGAGAGGGAGCAGCUAUGCAGUGCAACAUCCUCCAAUGCACACCUCAGCUCAUCCAGCUCUAUCGACAACCUCAGUGCCUCAGCAUCCUGAGGAGGCAACAGCAAUCUCAACCACUCAAGGAGGAGCAGCGGCUGCUCAUACCCUGAUGAGCUACACGGACGCUACCUCCUCCUCCACAACUACAUCAUCCGAUGCCAAGAAGAAAGAGGAAAAUGAUAAAGAAUUACAGAGAGACAAGAGAGAUGUUGGAGUGGAGGCCCCUCUCAGAGCGAGUAUGAGAACUCCAGAAGCCGAGAGAAAUGGAGCCCGAUCACAGACAGAUGCCCAAUCACGGACAGAUGCCCAAUCACGGGCAGAUGAUCCAAAACACAGUGUCAGCUUGGCCAUACCAGGCCCAGAAUCACAAAGUGCAGACCCUGCUGAAUUCUCCAGCAUUGAUUUCCACCUGAGCCUCCCUACACAGGGGGGAUUAAGGCCCGCUGGGGGCGUGACGUUGCCCUCCUUGGCUCACCGCCAGAAGGAACGGUCGUCAUCCCGUCAGCCAAUCAGACACAGCACGCCCAUCAUGGAUGAGAGCCCAGAUAGGCAGCAGGGUCAGCAAACGGCUGCCACAUCAACCACUGCACAGGUUGAUGCCCCAAAGCUAAUACGGUCAAGCACCCUGACUCUCGGUGCAGAUAUAGAGCCAGAGACCCAGGAUGGUUCAGAGACACCAGUCUUUCAGCUGGAACGACCUUCUGAUGCUGCACAGCUCUUGAAAGCAGCUCAUGAGAGCCCUAGUAAAAAGUCCACAUCAGUCUUCUCCAAGGUGCACGAAACCAAGAUGGCUGCUAGCCAGAUAAAGGUCAAAGGUCAAGCAUCGAGGAAUGGAAGAGUGAAGUACAGUGAAAGCGAUGACCCUUUCGCCUUGUCUCAAGAACACCCUCGUACAGCAAGCCGGCAUCCCCAAGAACCUGAAUUGUCUGAACAACAGAAACAGGCCGAGGUUGAAGAUGAGGAUGAGGAAACUAUUCCUGUCUACUACCAGGAGGAGGAACUUGAAGACACAAGUGGGAAAACUGGGAGAAAAGAGGAGACGGGUAAACGGAUGACAGGAGGCAGGGAGACACUGACAGCCGAGCCGGAGGGUCAAUCUGAAAAGGGUCGCAAGAAGGCUAGAGAAAAGACACCAGAAAAGAGGCAACAGGAAUCGGAGAUGCCAGCCCUAAGCAGUCGGUUAACAAGAAGCGGUCAGAAGAGGAAACUGCAGGAAGAUAGACCGGAGGACAGGAAGGGAAGGAGAGGAGGAUCAGCUAAGAAGAAGAGGCUUGAAGAAGCUGAGCAGAGGGGACUGAGAGAGAGGCCUCCUGGUCCCAGGGAUCCAUAUGAUUUUUCGGACUCCCAGUCCAACAAGACUCCCUCUCCGAUGAAGAAGGAUUCUCGGGCUGCUGGGUCGAAGCCACCACCCUCCAGAGAUCCAACAACUCCACUACCACAACUCAAAACACAUCUUACGAAACAUGCUGCUGCUGCACCACAAACUACUAGGAGUGCAACAACACCAGGAUCGACAACUCGCGAGACACCAAAACGACAGAAAAGGGACAAAGGAAAAGAAGCCCCCACUCCAGGAGAGGAGAAGACUCCUCCUGUUCAAGAAAUCUUGGAAGCAUCUGGACUGGCAAGCAGGACGACUCCCAAGAGAGGGAGUCUUCCUGGCUCAAAAACAGGGCCCAUCGUCAAGACGUCUUCAACACGUGGGAGACGGCCGGGGUCAGGUCGGCAACGGCUGGCCUCUCAGCAAGUCCUUCAGGCCCAGCAAGAUGAUUCUUCCCCGGACUUCCAACCAGAUCAGCCUAGGGAGAAGAAAGGGGUCAAGUUCAGGAGGUCACCGCGUAAAAAGCAAUCUCAGAAAGAAGAGAAACCAGCUGCCAGUGAUCCUCCCCUUCCACGCCGGCACAUCGUCCGGCAAACUACGGAGUACCGGCUCAUACACGAGAAAAUCAUCGUGGACGGGAAAGUGAUCAAGACCUGGGAAACACGGGAACAAGUUGGACCCCUUGUUGAAACAGUAGAGGAUGAGGAUAGUCUGGAUCUUCCCUCUCCGUCUCGUUCCAUCAGCUCUCUGACCUCUGGAUCUCUGGCUGAUGUCAGCUCCAUGUACUCCAAGACAUCCAGCUCCACGCCUAGUCUGGUCAGGACCCUCAGCGGAAGUGGAGGGACACUGUCCAAGCACAGUAGCUUCUCGAGCAUCUCCAGGACUGGCAGCUCCCUCAGCAAGCAGACUGUGAGCUCUCCAGGUUCAGACAAGAGCACCCCUAGCUUGAAUAAGAGUCUGAGCUCCCCCGGCUCUGACAAAAGCCCUGGGAAUGAAAGAAAAGCAGGUGGUGGUGUGCCGAGCCCAGGAGUGGCAGGUCCUUCAAUUCCUAGAAGGGUUUCAUUCACCAGAGGGACAAGUAAACCACCUUCCCUGACGAGAACUUCAUCAGGCAGUGGAGAUGAAAUCCAGCAUCAGCCAGAUCAAGAUCCUACAGCAGUUUUUCAAAAACCAUAUCAGACUCCAAGACGGAAGGUAGAUCAUCAACAGGGCGAUGGUUUUGCACAGAGGUUGUCCUUACAAGAUGCUGGAGAGGCCAAGACUCCAGAGGAGGUUGUAACUCAUGAAAGACUUAUACCUGCCUCAGAGGUUGCUGAACUUGUGCAGCUGUCACAGGAGAGUGUCCCUGUGAAGGAAACAGGCAGAGAGGAUAGAUCCCCUGGCAGGAGUACUGAAAUGAAACUAUCGCGGAGGCAAACAAAGGACAAAACAGCCAUCUCCUCCUCAUCACCCCAUCCCCCGUCUUCUCCAUCUGGAAGAAGAUCUUCCAGGGCAUCAUCGGUCCAAUCUGAGCAGGAUACCAGCGACAGGAGAUCCAUCCCAAGGACAUGCUCAACACCUGCAAGAGUUACAGCCCCUGUCACCAGAUCGCCAUCUGCCAGUUCGGGCGAGGAAGUCCAGAGGUCAACAAGGAGGUCAGAGGGUAAGGGUCAAGACUCGGUGGCUGCAACCUCUGGAGUUGGCAAGUUGUCCCUUGGAGGAUCCAAGAAGACAUCAGUUGAGCAACCAACACCUGAACAUUCCCCUCGAGAGGAGCCACAACUGGAGCCUCAGAUACUACAAACAAGAAGGGAAUCUCUUGCCAGUGCACCAAGUAAAGAAGAUGUACAGCAGGCCACCGGGGAGAAAAUGGAUGUACAAGAUGAUCCUAGAAUGUCACCUGACCCAGAAAGAGGUACACCAAGAUCAUCCAGAGGCAAAGCAAGAGGCACCACAAAGAAGAGAGCACCAUCCCCAGCAAGCCUAGGGAGGCCCUCCACCCCUCCACAGCAGUUGACCAAGCCACUAACCUCUGACCCCUCAUCUUCCUUCCCCCGGGACACACUGUUUGAACCUCCAGCAGGUGAGACUCUACCAAUAGCUGAGGGGGAGGUUGCUCUGCUUCUCCCUGGGCUGAAGGUUUACACCAAGUGGCUGGAUGGCUUCUGGUAUCCAGGCACGAUUCACCAUCAGGAUAAGCUGUCAAGAUUUGUGAUAGAGUUUGAUGACGGGGAUCACCGCACAGUCAACGAACGUGACAUCAUCAUCAAGGAGUGGCUGAACAGAGGUCAAAGUGUCAUGGCUGAAGAUGCUGACGGCUACUACUAUGCAGGCAUCGUGGUAGGAUAUUACAAAGACCCGGAUGCAAAUACCAGCGGGUAUGUCAUAGAGCAGACAAUCUCCCAUGAAACGUCCAGAUAUGAGAGACGUCAUGUGAUUCUGACCAAGGACCAAGCAGCUACUCUAGUCAGCAGUGCUAGUAGCAGCAGCAGCACCAGCGGCGGCAAUCUCAUCAGUCUAGACAACAUCGUGUACAGCAAGCGCACCAGGCUUCGCUCCCGCCUCCUGGAGAGCCCAAGCAGUGGCGGAUUGGAGAAAUCGCCACGGCAACCACAGAAGACGACCCCGUCACGUCAGGGAGUCAAGCGGAAGCUGGCACCAUUAGAGGAGCAGAAGAUAGAGACUCCAUCGCCAAGGAAACGAGGCAGACCUGCUGCUCAAGCAGCUGCAGUCACCCCAAGUCCUGAACCCGGCACCAGUCCCCGCCGCUCACCACGCAAGCGCCAACAGCAGCAGCAGCAAUCGCACACAGAGGAGGCCCACCCCAUGGCCGCCCACAUGGGCCCCGUACCCAAGCAAGCCACUCUGUUCCGCAACCACGCUUUUCUGGUGACGCAUGGAGAGGUGAAGAAGUCCCCACCGAAAGAAAAGACGUCGUCAUCAGAGUCAAUGGAUGAAAGCAGCGGAGAAGGGCCAGAUGAAAUAGAGACGGUACCUUUCGUCCGGUCCUAUGCUGUGCAGCAGAUUGAGCAUGGGGGUGGGCUGGUCCUGUCUGACUUCAACAAAUCACAGAUUACAAAGAUGAAGGUGUUGCUGAUUGCCAACACGUAUUGCCGGACCAAGAAAUACUUCCAAGCCUUGGCUGCUGGGAUUCCAUGCAUCUCCCAUCUCUGGCUGAGAGAUUGCUGCAAAUCGGGAAGGUUGCAGAAUCACAAGAGUUAUUUGCUGCCAGCUGGAGAGAGUCUGGAAGAGAAUGCACUCAUGGAAAUCCAGCCCAAUCGCUCCAUUCUUGCCGGCAUGAAUGUGUGUAUGGUAUCUGACCUCGAGGGUGUUCAGGACACAUGGAGAUCUAUCCUGAUUGCUGCCGGAUGUCAUAUUGUUACCAGACUACCAUCCAACCUGGAAGUAGCAAAAGAUCCAAGUUUGUCUCCGGACUGCAACAUGAUCGUGACCGAUCCUUCCUGCCCCCGCUCCCUCCUCCACCGCGCCCAACGCCUCGGCAUCCCUGUGGUGUCCUGCGAGUGGGUCAUGCAGUGCCUCAUUAACGGAGUCAGGGUGCCGCACCACAGUCACAAAAAAUAUGCCUGGGACUAUCGCGACAAGCCCACCAAGUGAAUUUGCAGCGCCAUGCAGCCAAACAAUAAUAGCUAUCGGAUCAAAUGUUUUCUAAUUCGCGGCUUCAGCUCCAGUCUUUUGUCUUAUAGUUAGAACACUUAAUAUUUUCUGAUGCUAAUGUCAAUAAAACAAAAUGAGUCAAGUCUCUGAUGGUCUAAAUUUGAUCUUGGACAGUCACUCAACAGCUGUGGAAUUUUGAUACAACUAGGCACCACUCCAAUGUUACAGACUGAAGAUCAUGUGCAGCAAUUUAGAACUCAAAGUGGGUGCUAUUCUGUAGCAAGAAGUUGUUGCAAGAGCGCCACUGUGGGCUGGUUGCAGCAAAUGAAUUCAACUGUAUUGCCUGUUGUGCCUACAUUUUUUUCCAACCAGCCAUUCGAGGCCUUGGUACGGCUCUGUGUGGCACAGUGCUGCAUUGUGCAGCAGCUCGCAUUGUGCCUAUAAUUUUUGGGGGGAGAGGGAGUAGACUUUAGAAUCAUUUAGAUUCCUUUGAUGGCCACAUCAAAUAGAAAAAAACUCUGGCCAGAGAGUAUCAGAUUACAUUUUUCUGAAGUAGAACAAUGGCCUACAUUUAGCUGCUGCCCUCCAAGGCCGGUAGCUUAGAGUCUCCUUAAGCCAAAACUGGAGGGGAAAACCCAUGAUAGAACACGGUGUUUUACCAGCCACACCAGAACAGUAUUGUAAACUAAGCUGUCAACACUCUUCAGCAUAUAUAUACAUGUAGACUUUUCACUAUGCAGCCAUGUUUGAGGCAUGUGCUUUUGUUCAGUAGGGACACUCAUGAGUAGACCACACACACAUUCAUUGAAUAUGAAUUAACAUAACAAAACACACCCCAAAGAUGGCAGCUGAAUGCAAUGAAUCUAUUGUCUACGGAGGGUUUAACUGUGUAGAAAAGCAUGUAGCCAGUGAAUGGCGAUGUGCUUGAAGACGUACCGGGGGUAGAUAAAUAAAAAUAUACUAUAUAUCUAUAAUGCAUUCAACAAUAGUGGUGAUUCCCCCAUCCAUUUUUUGUUUCAGUUUUAAUGCUUUAUAAACAAGGGAAGGUUUUUUUUUUUAAUGUUGCACACCUGAAUUAUACAUAUUUAAAUGCUUUAUAAAAUCAAGCAGCAACAAUACACAAAAAUUGCCUUAAAACAUCUGAAAAGUUUAUUGCCUUGAACUUAAGGUUUCUAAAAAUCUGAAGUCUUGAACAAAGGAUAUGACCAUUAUACUCUGUUACUGAACAUCUAUAAUACAAUUGAAACUGAUGUUCUUGUCAAAUAUGUAAAAUAGAAUUUUUAUAUAGCUUUUUAUAUAUAGUUUUCUCAGAUGAUUAACUAUUUAGUACUGAAAGUAACCAUUUACUUCAUAUUCAUUUCUAUUCAGCUAAAGUUGACUGAAAUCUUUGUUUCCUAUACUCGUAACUAAAAACAUAUGUACUAGUAAAAUGUAUAAAACUCAUUAAUGUAAAACGAUUAUUGAGAGACAAUUGUCAUGGAAUAAUGUAAAUCAUGACAAAAUAUUUUGAGAAAAUGUAAUUUUUUUAAUGAAAUUGUCGUGAAAAUUACAUGUUUCGCUUGAAAUAAAGUUCAAACAUUGCUGGUUGAUUCAAA